AAUUACGCAUUUCAGCUCUGUGAAAUAUGUCAAGGUUCCCAACACUGUUUGAGUAAAAUAGCGACUAUUGCCAUUUCUUUGAUGCAGUUUAGAGAUAUGAAGCUCUAUUUCCCAGUAAUAUUUACUUUACUGGUCUUGUCCUCCACAUAUGUGUACGCCGUACGCUCUGCGUCGAAGCACGCGAGCAAUUCGACCUCGGCACUGGACGGAACAUUUGAAAACGAUUUCGACGGAUCUGCUGUGAAGAGUCUCGGCUCGCCAUAUUUACAACUCCCCGUUUUCCAACAUUCAAGAAUCCCGCUUCUGGACAAAAAGCAGUUCUCUCCGAUGCAUGGAUCAGGCCGUGAACAACUGCCCGAGGAGACGAAAGAAGUCCUCGUCCCGCGCACCGCAGAAACGGUACCUGAGGCCUCCCGCCGCCGCGGCCGAUCACAAGGAGUAACCGUCGUUUGUCAAAUGAAGAAAAUGAUCGUUAAAGUUCACAAACACAUUUUAGGCAUCGACGGCCUUCAUUCAGAGUUAAAACUGGGAACAUGCGACAUCAGCAAGACUACAAAACACUAUCAUGUGUUUAUUUACGACAUGGACAAGUGUGAAAGUAAGAGAAAGUUAAUAGACAAUAGAGUAACAUAUUCCAACGUACUGCGCUACUCUCCAGUGACGGACCUGGGGCCAAUCCGCCGUGCCAUGCCUUUCUCAAUACCUGUUGAGUGUCACUUUAACAGAUAUCAUUACUCGUACAAAAUUGGUUACAUACCACAAGUCAGAUAUCAGAACUACUUCAAACCCCUGAGAACUGUGGACAGUGUUGUACUCACACCCCGUGAUGAGCUGUGGAGAAGGUUAUCGCCCACCGAAGAGUAUACCAUUGGUCACCCCAUGUACUUCCAAGCAGACGGACCCCCUCUUGCUGAAGACGAGAGGCUGUUUGUGGAUUCCUGUUAUGUGACUAUCAGCAGUUCUCAUUUGUCCAUGCCACAAUUUACAGUCAUUGAAAACCACGGGUGCAUGACUGAUAGCAAGAGCAGUACGUGGUCCAAAUUCAUCCAAAGUGGACAAAGAAAUGUUGUGCGGUUCUCCUUGGAUGCAUUUCUGUUUCAUGGGAUGUUGGGAGAGCAUCUUUACAUGCAUUGUGAAAUAGCCGUCGGAAGUUUUAAACCAACAUCAAGUGCAAAGUCCUGCACUUACAACCAGUCAACAAAACGAUGGGAAGAGUUAUUUGGUUCAAAUGAUGCAUGCCUCUGCUGCGACUCCACAUGUCUGUCUUCGGACCUGUCUGUGUCCAGUAAGGUCAUCACCAGUGAGCCCUGGAUCAUGGAGUCUGAUUUGGACAUUGUCAAGGAAGAGCAAACAUCUCCAUUCAUGACAGAAGGGGUGGGGAAAGGCUUUGUUGAAGUAAUAACCACACAGACAGCUGAGAUUGGACCUCGUCAUUUUGUGCCAGACCUGGGUGUGAUGGAGGAAGUUGAUAAAUUUGUGGAGCCACGCCGAAUAUUUGAGGAGGUAUUUGGAUUGGACUAAACAAAAAGGAUUAAAUAAAGACAUUUAUGAUUUC